AUUUUUUUAUAAAAUAUUUCUCAUCAGCUGCUCUUUUUAAAAAUAACAAACUCCACAGAUGAUGGAAAUCAUGUUACCUUUACUAUUUCAGUGAAUACUACCCAGCUUGAACUAUAAACCCAGACAGACAUCAAAUUUGACUACUACUAGCAUUUCAAAUUACGCUGAUCCGAUAGGUGGCGAUCACUGCCAAUUACACUCUUUCACCAGUUCUUACACACGCAGAGGAGGGAGAGACAGAGGAGCAGUUGAUUGUUGUUGAUUUUGCCGUGCUAGAAUAUGCCUUUUUCGCGUAAUAAACGUAUUUUUAGUUAUUAGGAUAAUUCAUUGUGUUUUCUUACCGAUAUUCAUAUUUAUAUUUGAUGCAUUACCCAGCGGUUAAAAUGACUAACGCUAACUGUGGGUCUAUACAGACACAGUUGGGUGCAGUAAUGGAAGUCUUGGCAAAGGCAGCUAUUGCCGAAAUAAUCAAACUUUUUGACGACAGUUAUGCAGUGUUGCGCCUUGAGAUUUCCCGACAUCAAAACGAGAACGAGGACCUGAAAAGGAAAUUACAGGAGGCGAAAGAAGAAUUAAGGACUGUACAAAUACGAAUUGAAACAGAUAACAUGGUACAACACGACUGGAGCAGCCCAUUGAGAAGUGGGACACUGGAGGCCAGGAGCGACAGCCCUGAACAGCCUCUGAGCAUUGAGGACAAGUGUUCAAGCAGUCAAGGACAGGAUUCAACCCUGAUGCAGAUCAAAGAGGAGAGGCUGGAGGAUGACUUAUGGAGCCAGGAAAUAGAGCCCAUGAAAUACGAGGUCAACAUUGCUGAUGACUCCCGUUUCAACCAGCGUCUCUAUGCAGAAAGCUCAAGUUCUCAACAUCUCAGAGAAUCAACCCCAGGACAAAACCAUACAUCCUACACCUUCACCCAGGACCCCCCCACACAUGUGUCGUUCAUACCAAAUGCAAACCCCCAUCUCACACUUCCCAGCAUCUCAAACGCACCCCUGACGUACACACAGCGCUCAAAUACAUAUCCCUCGGACCCUGCCACAAGCUUUACAGGCGUGCAUGAGCCACGGCUCAGCCUCAAACAUGCACAGACUACCAGCCGAGGCCGCACACAUGCACAGAACUGUGAGGAGACAGUGGAGUUCGGCGAUCUGAGGCUGAAGGCUGAGCAUCAGGAGGGGAAGCAGGCGGCCAUCUUGGGUCACCAGGGCAUCGGAGGUCACGCUGCGACUGGACUAGAGAAACAGACUGAGAGCCAGGCAGUGGACCAGGAGGACGCUGACCUGUGGGGUCCCCUCACGGAAGAGGAUGAGGAAGAGGACAGCGAUACGAACCACAGCUUUGACGACCUGCUCUACGGGGUGGAACAGUACUCCCAUCCCCAUGGCGACAGCCCAGGAGACGUGCUGCAUGUAGACACCUCACAGACGCCACCUUCCAUGGAGGGAACCAGCAUGGAGGGCUUCGCCGUUGCUCCUGGGACCGAUAUGGCCAUAACACAGCCUCAGCUACAGUCUCCACAGAGGACGGCUCAUCAGGGACACGCACAGGCGAGACGGCCGGUGCCCCCUGGUGGUCCACAGUUCCACCCGUGCCUGCCCCUGCCCCCUCCUGAGCUGCCCCUCCACGUGUGCAGCAUCUGCAAGAAGGGCUUCACCACCUUGUCUUACCUGCGCAAGCACCUGCGCAGCCACUCUGGCGAGAGGCCCUUCACCUGCUCCAUCUGCUUCAAGCACUUCCUGUGCUCGUCGCACCUGACCAUCCAUCUGCGCACGCACACGGGCGAGCGGCCGUACGCCUGCGGUACUUGCGGCAAGCGGUUCACACAGCAGAGCAGCCUGAAGACGCACCAGAGCGUCCACAGCGGCCUGCGGCCCUACCGCUGUCCCCACUGCGGCAAGAGCUACACCCUCAUGCACCACCUCAAGAGACACAUGGGCACGCAUGAGAAAUGCUAAAGACGAGAGCAACACCCUGAUGCAUCACCUCAAGAGACACAUGAGAAAUGCUGAAGACGAGAGCUACACCCUGAUGCACCACCACGAGAGGCGCAUGAGAAAUGCUGAAGACGAGAGCUACACCCUGAUGCACCACCUCGAGAGACACAUGAGAAAUGCUGAAGACGAGAGCUACACCCUGAUGCACCACCUCGAGAGGCGCAUGAGAAAUGCUGAAGACGAGACUGUGGCGUAUCAUACAGACAGACACUACUUAAGGCAGCUUCACGUUCAAAGUGGAGUGCGCUGCGCUGCACUGGCCACUGGGUUUGGUGCAAAAUCAUAGUAGCCACUGCUGUUGUUGUUGUUGUUGUUGAUGUUGAUGAACGUUGUUGAACUGAGCGUGGUGUGCAUGAGGAAUCGGUGAAUGGCACGCUUGCAAUGCACAGCGCUUUUGCACGGUGCAGCAGCAAAGCGUUCUUGCGCCGCACAAUCCAAUGAAAAUUAUCGGUUUCAGAGCACAGCGCUGCCAUUGUGGUAUGGUAUGUACGGCCCGCUAUGGGCAGGCUGUUACGGCUACCUGUGUGAAACCUGACUUAAACGACUGUACACACAGACAUGCACACACAUUUGUGCACACACUCAUACACACUUACUCAAACACACACAACUAAGUCAAGUACAUAUACACACACUCUCACUCUCCCUCUCUCUCACACACACACACAUGCACACAUGCACACACACUCACACUCAUAUUCUGUUCAGAGGUGUGUUUCCUAUGGAAAUAUGUCAUGCAAGUACUGUUCUGUUUUAUUGGUUUAGUAAUCAAGGAAUUUCUGUUAAUUCUAUCAGAACAAAUUGCCCAUUAAAGGUUGUAUCAGCGAUAGCGGGGAUAUGUCACUUCUGUUGAUGUUCAAACAAAACAGAGAGCUAGCUCGCUACUCCCUCCCCCUCCCUCCUGUGCAAUUAAAACUCUCCUAAACGCGCAUCUCGUCGGUUAUUACUUUGUUUUGCUUUUGAGGGGUUGCCAACCCUUGUUGGUAGCAAUUGUUUUUGUGUACAGAUCUCGGAGCCUAGGCUGCUAUGGUGGAUUUUCAUGAUUUAAAGGGAUGUAAUCAUGGGUUUCAUAAGGGUUUAUAAUAUUGCAUGGGUUUUCAUGGUUUAGAAGAAUGUAGUCAUGAGUGUCAUAAGUUUUUAUGUCACUGCAUGUGCUGUGAGCAGGGUGAGGUCAUUGUAUCUUGUGUAGGCCAGACCAACUAUCAGAGGAGUGGGGUGAGUGGAAAAGUACUGGGGAUACCUGGAUGAGAGCAUCUCCUUACAUGGUCAAGGGAAGGGGAUGUUAUCCAGCUGGUGAGCACCGGACAGGACAGGGAGUAGGAGGCCGCUGUGUCUUAUGAUUUAGGGCCUGUCCAGCUAGGAAGAGAAUCAGAUAAGAAGGCCCUAUUUCCCCAAACUGGAAAGAGCCAGAAAACCUCUAUUUUACAUAUGUUUCCUAUGCAUUAGACAGGUUUGCAUAUAGUUUUAUGCAUGAUGGGAAGAUGGUUUCCACCAAUGUAAGCGACCCUGCUUAAUGCUGAUUGGUGAAAGGUGUUUUUGGGGAUGACGUGAGAGGGUGGCACUUCUCGAGGGCCAUGGGGUAUAAAAUAUAGUGUAUAGCCCUCCGUAGGCAGAUUUUGUCGGGGGCCCCAGCUGAUGACAUCUCCUCCCAAAGAUCAACAGUCUUCAGAAAGUCUUCUGUCUACAUUAUCUCCUUUGGACGCCUUGUUCCAGAGUGCUAAAUUACUAAAUAGUCAAGUGGUAAUUGUUAAUUGGAAAAUUGGAUUCGGACAUUUUCCAUGACACUGCCUACAGAGACGCGUUUUUUUGAUGGCCUGCUUAUGGGGCAGGCAGCUAGUAGAUUGUUAGGAAAGAUUAGAUGAAUGUGAUAAUUUAUGUUUGGGUCUUUUUUGGGCCUGAAAUCGCUGAUACAACCUUUAAUAACCGGUUCCCCUUGCUAAAUCUCAAGGAGACAGCUUGAUAACAUGAAAUACUAUGGUGAUUCAAGACUGGACAUGCUAAUACACCACAAAACAACAA